AUGACAGCUCCACUCCUCAUUAUCCAGGUCAUUUAUGGAAUAGCUCAAUUUCUUGUGGGAAUUAUUGCAAAUGGAAUCAUCAUAAUAGUGAGUGGCCUUGAAUAUACCAAGAGGAAAAGGGUGACUGCGUACGACCUCCUUUUGACCAAUCUGGGAAUCUUCAGAAUUCUUUUGGAAUUGAUAAUAGUUGUGUGCAAUCUGUCAUUUUUCUUCACUCUACAGUUACAUGUAGACCGUGCCAUCUUUAUAUUUUUCUUUUUCAUAAAUGAAGUCAAUCUUUGGCUUGCUACCAACCUUUGUGUCUUCUACUGUGUGAAGAUUGCCAACAUUUUCCACCCCUUCUUCCUCUGGUUGAAGAUGAGGAUCUCUAGGCUUGUGCCAUGGUUGAUUCUGGGGUCACUGCUAUUUUCAGCUGCCAUUUCUGUGCUCCACGGCCUACUGUACUGGCCAAGGACCAUACAGGAUCUAAGAAGAUUUUGGGCAGGAAAUAUCACUGUCCAAGUUCUUUUCCAGUGUUUACUUCCAACUCCAAUUCUUCUUGUGGGGUUGAUAAUACCAUUCUACAUAUUUAUUGCUGCAUCAUUUCUGCUGAUCCAUUCUCUGUGUAGACACACCAGACAGAUGAGAAGCACAGCAACUGGUUUCAGAGACGCAAGCACCGAAGCUCACAUCCAUGCCUUGAAAUCGGUAUUCUCGUUCCUUAUCCUCUUUUCCUCAUAUUAUGUUGGAAUGACGAUAAUAGUUUAUAGGGUUAACAUAGAGAGAGGCUUCUUGUUGUUUGUUAUAUUGUCGGUGGCUUCCUUAUACCCUUCUGUACACUCCAUCAUCUUAAUUCUAGGAAAUUCAAAGCUGAAGAAUUAUAUAAGAAAGUUUCUGCUUUCUGCUAAGUACUGUCUGGGAGGAGGUUCAGCACUGGACUCUACACAGACCCAAUAA